GCGAACACUUUUUUUCACAUCGGAGGCAUUGGGUAAUUUUCACAUCGGGACAUGGACGGCGAAGGGGAAGGAAGCGGAAUACGGCUGAGCAAGAGAUUCGCCGGCGGGAAGGUCACCGGCGGUAGCUUAGAAGUUGAUUACAAGACCAAAUCCGGUACCGCUUGGAGCCACUCUUUCCUGAACCAGAAGCCAUGGCAUCCGCUUUCUUAUCCCAAUCAGCGCCGCAAAUGGAUCGCCGAGCAGACUCAUGCCCAACACGAUCGCAGAGCCGAAGAAGUGGCCCGCGAGUUUGCGCAAGAGCAGGAAUUCUUCAAGCAAGCAGCUCUCAUCUCCAAGAAAGAAAGAGAGAAGAUCGAAACGAUGAAAGCUGUGAGCUUUAUGUAUGUUCGUCCACCUGGCUAUGAUCCUGAAAGUGCCAAAGCAGCAGAAUACGCGGAUGAUAAACACAAGGGUCAGGGUUCUUCAACUCAGGAUCCAAUGGCGGAAGACAAUGUUGGUUCUAGACCAGAAGAAUCACAAGGCGGGGGAGACCGCACAGGUCAGGAAAGGAAGAAACCACGACCCAAAGAUGUGUUUGGGCGUGCUCUUCCUACUGAAGAAGAAUUUGAGGUCCUUAAAAAUGCACCAAGGAUGGAGACUGGUAUUCCUGGGCGAGUAAAGCCAUUUGCAGUUGAAGUGCGUAAUGUGAAAUGUCUGAGAUGUGGAAACUUUGGGCAUCAAAGCGGUGAUCGUGACUGUCCAUUAAAGGAUGCAGUAAUGCCAAAUGAAGAACUUCGAUUGAAAAGAGAUGAUCCGUUGACUGCUAUCAUUGCACAUACAGAUCCCAGUGAGCCUCUGAAGUGGGAGUUGAAACAAAAGUCCGGCUUGAGUCCUCCUCGUGGUGGUUUUGAUCCUGAUGAUCCAAAUCAACAAAUCGUCGCUGAAGAUAUAUUUGAUGAAUAUGGAGGGUUCCUUGAGGGCAGCAUCCCAAUCGAAUUACUGAAGAGUAUGUCGUCGGAUAAGAAAAGAAAAUCCAAAAAGAACAAAAAGCACAAGAAGCAUUCAUCUCGGACUAUUGAGGAAACUGAUGAAUCUUCAACAGGCUCAGAAGAUAGUAGAGAGAAGAGGGGAUCGAAGAAGCGCAAGAAACUUAAGAACAAGAGCAAGAAGCAUUAUGAUUCUGACUCAGUCUCCUCUGAAGGUUCAGACUCUGACAGUUACCGUCUGAGUAGGAGAAGACACACCAAGCAUGUAGAUCCGUCUGCAACAUUAAAAUCUGAGGUUUACCACCAAGGGAACAUUCACAGAGAAAAGCAUUACGAUGACGAGAAGCACCAGAAACGGAAGGAAAUCGUGGAUAGACCAUCUGCUUCAUCCGAUGAUUCAGAUUAUUAUAGAAGUCAUAGUAGUAGAAAGAAAAGAUCAGAAGAUGAUUACAAAAGCCAUCACAGGGAGAGAAAGCAAGUGCAUAGUAACGAUCCUGUUUCAGAGAAAAGUCAGAAACAGUAUUAUUCAGAGUCUGGAAAGCGUCAUAGAGUCGAGAAAGAGCAUAGAUAUGAUGAGAGAAGACACAGAUACGUCGAUAUGGAGUCUGAAAAUCGUCAUAGAUCCGAGAGGAAACCGAGAUAUGAUGAUCGUGAUUCUGAGAGGCAUCACAGGAGUGUGAAGGGGAAAGAAAAGCAUGUGUAUGAAGAUCCUGAAGAGUUUUCUGACAGAUACAGAAGCAAGAAGAAUGCAGAAUCUGAUUCGGAAUCAAACCGUAGAAGUAGAAAGAAGCUGCAGAAGCAUGAGUUAUCAUCGGAAGAAGAAUCUCGUAAGUAUCGAUACAGCACUAACAGAAGGAGAAAGUGAGUCUAUGCUAUGUCAAUUGUCCUGUACCAAGAGUCAUGGUUCCGGUCUGAAUGAGAUUGCGAGAUAUGUACGAUUGGUUUUUUUGUCGUUGUAUAUUUUGGUCUUUUUGAAGCUUAAAUGAGCCUAUGACUGUU